UGGUUUUUCUAUUCCUGGGCAGCUGUGCUAUAAAAUUGUCAAAAACAUCAGAAAACAAUUAACAGAAAAAGUAGAUGAUUUUUUUGUCUGCUAGAAAAAGUCGAAGAACUGAUUAAUUUACUGAUAACGUAACGAACCGAUUACUCCAAACUGUUUCUCGUACGCAUCUGUUAAGUCUCCAGUAUAUAGUUUAAGUGUACAUAUUGUAGCAUUUCCGAAGAUUAUUGUACGACUAGAGGCAUAUAAAAUGGUUAAAUUGUAUGCCAUAAGCGUAUUCUAUAAAGCACCAAACGAUGCUCGAGUGCUGAAAUCGGCGUACGACCUUCAAAGUUUCUCCUUUUUCCAACGAGGAUCAGUUCAGGAAUUUAUUAGUUUUGCAAGUAAAACCCUCGUCGAGCGCACACAAGCAGCGACACGCCAGUCCGUGAAGCAGGAUGUCUACAUGUGUCACGUGUAUGUUCGAGCGGAUAAUCUCGGAGCAGUAAUUAUCUCGGAUCAUGAGUAUCCACACCGUGUAGCGCACACACUGUUGACAAAGAUAUUAGACGAUUUCAGCGCUAAAGUGAGUUCAGAUCAGUGGCCUUCCGGUAGUGAAUCUUCGAUCGAUUUCAGCACUCUGCCGAGUUUACUUAGUAAGUAUCAGGAUCCUCGCGAAGCCGACGCACUGACGAGAAUGCAGGAAGAUUUAGAUGAAACUAAAAUUAUUCUUCGCAACACAAUUGAAGCUGUGCUAGAACGGGGAGAGAAGCUGGACGAUUUAGUAUACAAAUCAGAAUCACUUUCAAUUCAAAGCAAAGCAUUUUACAAAACGGCAAAGAAAACCAAUUCGUGUUGUAAUUUUGGCUAGACUCGAGCGCAUACUUUUCGUGGAAAUCAACUCCAAAUAAACCCACCAAUUGUGCCGAAGGCUACAUAGUUAACUUGAAUACACAGUUCUCCACAGUUUGAGAUGCGAACCGGAAUGUAUUACAAGCUCAUCUCAUUUUGUCAUUUUAUGCUACAUACGAUACUUCACGGCUAUGGUGUUUAUGGAGGGAUUGAUUUGCAUAUGUGUGUUGCAUAUCAUUCCAUGCGUGCAAUAACGAGUCUGAUUAUGAGCUGCCAACAAUGCUGGUAUUACUAUUGGUUGAAUGCUGCUACGUUUUAUACCAAGAAAAGAUUACAUUUUAUGUUCAGUAAUAUAGAUGUAGGAAAAUUUGUAACAAUUAUUAGUUCAGUUGACAGAAACCAAAUGAAAGUUGAUGAAACCAUUUCCUGUGUGUUGCUUUUAACAUAAGUAAUACAACUGCAUGAUUCGAUUAAUGUUGACAUCGGCCUUUGAUCGAGUAUGGUAGGAUGAAUUACAAUAUUGAAAAUUCAUUUUUACUAUAUUACAAAUUUUUGUUUUGUUGAACAAUUAUAUCACAGAGCUUGUGUCAUUUGUAGUAAAUUCAAUUAUGAAUAUUGUUUCCAAAAGGCUAACUGGGUCGUUAUCCAAACAUUAUUAAAAAAAUCCAGCCACUAAUAGAUUAAUGUGCUUUACAUUAUAAGCUUAUUCGAAAGAUAUGAAGAUUUGUGUCCGGUUACUUGGAUUGUAAAACUGAACAAGCUGCAACAAAAAAUGUCUGUUAAUUACUCAACCAUAUACACCGUUCCGUCAGCAUAACGUGGGUAAUGCUCGGAACAAGUAAUCGAAAUGUAACAAUAAACCUAGUUUCAAUGUAAAUCGUUGAUAUUGUGAGCAAAAUACAACAUAGUUUUAAAUGCAA